AUGGAUUUCGACGCUAGAGAAGUCCAAGAUGGAGUCAGACUUUCGUGGAAUAGUUUACCUAAAUCAAAGCUCCAACAUCAUCGCAAUGUCAUUCCCUUUGGAAGUUUGUAUACUCCCUUGAACAACAAGACUUUAAUUCCAGUUCUUCCCAAUAAUGAAUUGUUUAUGUGUCGUCAGUGCCGUGCUGUGUUGAAUCCUUACGUCCAAGUAAAUAAUGAGCUCUGGUCAUGUCAUUUUUGUGGAUUUUCAAACAGGUUGGGUAAUAGGAUCGAUGGUAACGGCCAACCAAUCUUGCCUGCUAGCUUGGGCCAAGAUUGUUCAACUGUGGAGUAUUUAAGUGGUCGUACCAGUGCAUUACCCCCCAUAUUUUUCUACGUUGUUGACACAUGCUUCGAUACCGAAGAUAUUGAGGAUGCAUACCAAGCUCUCAAAGAGUCAUUGGUGCUUUCUUUGAGUCUUCUUCCUGAUAAUGCCCUCGUGGGAUUGAUUAGUUUUGGAAAACAUGUUCAAAUAUUUGAUUUACUUUCCCAAGACAAAACAGCAUACACCUUCAACGGUAAUAAAAAUUAUACCUUGGAUGAACUCCAAAAAUCAUUGGGCUUCUUGGGCCAUGGAUUGAAGAACGUCAAUAACAACGACUCACCUAUUGAUAGAAUAUUAGGAUCUUCAGGUAGAAGAUUUCUUCAGCCUAUCAGUAUUGUUGAAUAUCAAUUAACUAACAUCCUUGAAAGUUUGGUAACUAAUACAUUUCCUAGAAAUAAUUUUCAAGAAAGGCCAGAUCGAUCAACCGGCUGUGCAUUAAAUGUUGCAUCCCUUUUAUUACAAUCAAUAUUGGGAGAUAAUGUUACAACUACUGGCGGGCACAUAAUGUGCUUUAUUGGAGGUGCUUGUACCUAUGGACCGGGCAAAAUAGUGCAUAAGCCUUUGAAGGAACCGUUGAGAUCUCAUCAUGAUAUCGAAAAAUCUAUACACUCCACAUUGCCCCUGGCUCCGAAUACUUCUACGAAAACAAAAGUGGACAUGACCUUGUUCAAAGAAGCAAGGAAGUUUUAUGCGCAAGUUACUAAGAAUAUUGUAUCAAUGGGCUUAAGUUGCAAUUACUUUAUUGGAAGCUACGAUCAGAUUGGAUUGUACGAAAUGGAUGAAGUAUGCUACAAGAGCGGUGGAGUAAUUGUCAUGAGUGAUUCAUUUAGCACUGCAAUUUUCAAGCAAAGUUUUGUGAAGUUCUUCAACAAACAAGAUGACGAGAAUUCGGAUUAUUUGGAUAUGGGCUUCAACUCAACUUUAGAAUGUAAAACUUCUUCUGAUUUGAAGAUUCAAGGCUUAAUCGGUAAUGCAACAGCAUUACCUGUCAAAAAGGAUAAUCAAUACAUUGAGAAAUGCAUUUCAAACUCGAUUAUAGGUGAGGGAAGUACAACAUCGUGGAAGCUAUGCAACGUCAACCCACAAUCUACAUAUGCGCUCUACUAUGAAAAGAUGGACUCAAACAACCCAUAUACCUUCGUUCAAUUUUUGUUUCAUUACCAGCACCCUAGUGGAGAAUUGAGACUAAGAGUGACUACCAUUCCCAUUCCAAUCAUAGCAGAUUCAGACAUAAGUAAUCUUGAAUUAGGUUUUGAUCAAGAAGCAGCAUUAGUAUUAGUUGCUAGAGCAGCUAUCAUUAAGUUACAACCGAAUAAGUCUAACAACUCAAAUGCAUCUACGAUGACACAAGGGGCAGUCAUUAAAUACUUAGACAAGCAGUUGAUAGACUACUGUGCAAGAUUUGCGGUUUACCGUCCAGGUGAUUUGGACUCAUUUAGAUUAUCAUCAACGUACGCAAUGUUUCCACAGUUCUUAUAUCACUUGAGAAGAUCACCCUUCAUCAACGUUUUUAACAAUUCACCGGAUGAAACAAGUUUUGUGAGACACAUUUUUAUGCAUGAAGACGUCACAAACUCAUUGAUCAUGGUACAACCAACAUUGCUAUCAUACGAUGUUGAUACGUUCGGCGCGAUUAGUGAUGUAACUGGAGAGCCAAACAAUGAACCCGAACCAGUUUUGCUUGAUUCGAUGUCCUUAGGACAUACCAAGGUGUUACUAUUAGAUACAUUUUUCCACAUCUUGAUUUUCCAUGGUUCAAAGGUUGCAGAGUGGAGAAAGGCGAAGUAUCAUGAACAAGAGGAGUAUGCUCACUUUAAGACCUUCUUGGAAGCCCCCAAAAAGGAAGCAAUUGAAAUUCUAAUGGAUAGGUUUCCUUUGCCUCGUUUCAUUGACUGUGACGAAGGUGGAUCACAAGCUAGGUUCCUCAUGGCAAAAUUGAAUCCUUCAACCAGCUACACUACAAAUCCAAACCAACCUUUUGUAGGUGGACUGGACAUUUUGACCGAUGAUACCAAUUUGCAACUGUUUAUGAAUCAUGUUCAGAGAAUAGUUAUUGCAAAAAAGUAA